AUGUUUACCUCUGUCACAAAAUUGGUCUUCUACGGGGUCAGGCGUACGCAAGGCAACGUACACUGCGUCACCAUAGCAAAGCGGGUAAACGAAGUCUCAGUCACUGAGGACACCGACCAUCAGGAUCCCCAUAUACCGCCCGGUCACAUCCGUGAACGACACACAUGUACCCCGACGCUUCGCAGAACAGGCAAUCACGUCUGUGUCAGCCUCACCUGGGCAGGUACCUUGCAUGGCCAACACGUGGCCCAGGGACACGGUACCGGUUUUCGUGAACAUCGCGUCGGUUCUCGUGUGACCCCAGACCCAGUUGUUAGGGGUACCAUGGGAGACUGCAACCUUUUUUGCACGUACUGCAUAGUCACAGGCCAUGUUCGACGCGGCUGUCCCGUAGAUCAUGUUCUCGAAGACGAAGCAGCUUCUCUCAUCGAUCCCUCCCAGCCUUGCGAGUACUACAAACACCACAACAAACACCACCAUGCGUUCCAACUCGCCACCGCCAUUUUAGCUCUCCUGCCUCUCGCUCUCUGCGGCUCCUCCGCGGACGUCCUGAGCACGCUCAGCUCCACCACAUUGGACGUCCGCGCCGCAGAGCCUAUCAACCUGACCCCCAAUGGCCCAUAUCCGCGGGACCAAUACUUCAUGGUGACCGCCUUCGAAGCCUUUAUGCCCUCGCCCCCGCACUCAGGCGACUUCUCCCGCACCAUGUUCAACAUCAUUUUGAUGCACCCCGUCCCUGCGCGGCGCUGGACAACACAAUGCGUGGCGCACACCAAGGGCAAGCUAUGCGACCCCAACACCUGGUCAGCGUGCAUGCCCGUCAGCGGCGCCGCGAACAAGAACGAGGGGUCGAGUUUCAAGUUUGGCGAGAACUUGACAAGCGUGGAUAUCAUGCGCCAUUGGAGGUAUGGGAAGAUGUAUUUGAAGACGAUGGCGAGCGAGCCGGCUACCUGGGCUGAGAAGGUGGAUGAGAAUGACAAGGAGGGGAAUGUGACGGUAAGCGAGAUGGGGAAGCUUUAUGAGAAGCCAGAGAGUUGGAUGUUUACUUGGAGGCAAGCUGUGGGCUGA